CUCACCACCAUUGACCACCACCCGACUUCUAGAAGACCGUUGAGAUAUCUGCUGUACCACCUUUGUCUGUCAUUUCUUUGGUCAAAUAAAUGCUUUGACCCCACCAUACAUUCCUUACGCCGCACGGCCUAUGACGCAACGCUUCGCUGUUCAAUCUAUUCGCUGACCAGGGAGGGCCUACAACAUUCUCUUAAAUCGCUAUACAACCGCCUGAAAACAGAAAUUACUCCUGGGAGCCACCACGUCAAUCAGCAGGCCUAAUACCUCCAUUACGACUGUAAAAUGGCACCAAAUGUGGGCACCGCGCAGGCCCAGGCCGUCCUUUCUGCCACCGCCAUUUUGAGACCAAAUAUAGAAACCUCAUGUCUCCAGCUCCCAAUUCUUCAAGCUGCUGCAUGCCUUCUUGAAAAGCUUACCAUGAAAAUGAUCUCUCUAUUCUUUCUAUUACUCUCUGCAUUUUCACCCAGUCCAAGUACGGCUCUUGUCCGCCCUCUCGAUGUUGGCAGGCUACCAGCACUGGGUUGGAACUCUUGGAAUGCCUUCAAUUGCGACAUCAACGAAACAAAAUUCCUUGUCGCGGCGAACAAGUUGGUCGAGUUGGGUUUGAAGGAUGUCGGUUACAGUUACGUCAACAUCGAUGACUGCUGGCAAGUCAAAGACAAGCGGAACGAAACUACCGGACGCAUGAUUCCAGACCCCGACAAGUUUCCAGAUGGUAUCAAAGGGACCGCUGACAAGAUCCAUGCCUUGGGCUUGAAAAUCGGCAUCUACAGCAGCGCCGGCACAAAGACCUGCGCAGGCUACGUCGCUAGCAUCGGCAACGAAUUAAUCGACGCAACUACUUUCGCUGACUGGGAAAUCGACUACCUCAAAUAUGACAAUUGCAACGUUCCUGCGGAGUGGGCCGACGAGUGCGACGCUUGUGUGCCCGAUUCUUGGGCGAGCCAUUAUCGACCAAUCAAAAACGGGACAUGCACCGACAAAACCGGCCUAUGUCCUGCCGGCUACGACUUCCACAAGUCCAACACCGCCGAACGCUUCCGCAUUAUGGGCGACGCUCUGAAGAAGCAAAACCGCACGAUCCUCUACAGCCUCUGCGAAUGGGGCGAAGCCAAUCCACAGCAAUGGGGCAACGACACCGCCGCCUCCUGGCGCAUGUCCGGCGACAUCACCUCCAACUGGCCCCGCAUCGUCGAGAUCCUGAACGAGAACUCCUUCUACCUCAACUACGCCGAUUUCUGGGGCCACCCGGACCCGGACAUGCUCGAAGUCGGCAACGGCGACCUCACGCCCGCCGAAACGCGCUCCCACUUCGCUCUCUGGGCCGCGAUGAAGUCCCCCCUCCUCAUCGGCACGGCGCUGGACACGCUCUCCGACGCCAAUGUCGCGAUUUUGAAGAACAAGUACCUCCUCGCGUUCAACCAGGACGCGGUGUUCGGCAAGCCGGCGAUGCCGUACAAGUGGGGCACGAACCCGGAUUGGACGUUCAACGCGACGUGGCCGGCGGAAUUCUGGGCCGGCGACAGCCAGGCGGGGGUUUUGGUGCUCUUGUUUAACCCGGGUGGGGAGACUGUGGAGAAGUUUGCGAACUUCACGGAGAUCCCGGGUGUGAAGGGGGGAGAGAUGUAUGAAGUGGUGGAUAUUUGGACGGACACGAAACUGGGGUGUUUCGGGGGUGGAGUGGUGGCUAAUGUGGGGAGUCAUGAUACGGCGGGGUUUUUGUUGAAGAAGGGGUGUGGGUGGAAGGGCGGGAAGAGGCCGAGUAGAUUUUGGAGCUAGGCGGGGAUUUGAUGAUGAUUAGCUGCCUAGCGGCUAGGAAGAGUGAAUAUAUUGGAGACUGUUCGUCUUGUUCCACGCGUAGUUAUGAUGAAGUGUGUCACAUAGUAACUCGUGCAAAACACUCAUAGCGAGGCACUGUAGUAUUGGUAUCUCAAGCUGGUGGCGAGGUAAUCUACUUUCCGUCACUACAGUACUGGGUCAUAAGUUUGGGCACACAGAUAUAGCGC